GGGAAGGGGUUCCGGGCCGGGCCUGGGGACCCUCCUUUUCUUGGCGGAGAUCGGGCGUGCGGUCCCGGUCCCCGUAAUGUACGGAGGCAGAGGGAAAGGGCUCCGGCCCCCUCGGCGUCAUGUCUUCGGUGCCGGCGGCUUCCAGUCCGCCGGUUCUAUCCUCAAGCGCCGGGACACCGGGCUCCAAGGAGCAGGGCAGCAUCGAGGCGCAGCGGCGCUUCCCCGGGGUGCUCACGCCUUCUCCUUUGAUUUCAGGUCUAUGGAGCCGCCAUAGGAGCCGGAGCUGGCGUAUCCCCUCCUCUCUUCCACUUUCCGUUGCAACCAAUAAAGGCCAUUCGUACCGGAGUGGGUGUGUGUCCCCGUUCGUUUCUCCGACUGGCAGAGUUAGGGAGGCUAUAUGCGUGAUUCCGCAAAGCCGAUUUUGCAAAUCUUCGACAUUUCGCAGAACGUUCUCUGGCCGACGUUGCCGGCACCUCCAGAUGGCGGCGCUGCGCCGAACCUUCCACGUGGCGACCCUAGCGGCGGGGGCGCGCCGCGCCUUGGCGGGCUCCCUGGCUGGUAGCUGCCUGGCGGACCGCUGCCUCUGGGAUAAGGUCCAUGCCCAGCCCCGUGUGGGCAGCGUCCCCACCUUCGACUGGUUCUUUGGAUACGACGAAGCCCAGGGGCUCCUACUGCCGCUGCUGCAGGAGGCACAGGCUACCUGUCCACUGCGGGUGUUGGACGUGGGCUGUGGCACCUCAAGCCUGUGUACAGGCCUCUACACCAAAUGCCCGCACCCCGUGGAUGUGCUGGGGGUAGACUUCUCUCCUGUGGCUGUGGCCCACAUGAACAGCCUCCUGGAAGGUGGCCAGGGCCAAAAACCCCUGUGCCCUGGACACCCUGCCUCCCACCUCCACUUCAUGCAGGCUGAUGCCCAGAACCUGGAGCCAGUGGCUUCCUCAGGGUCCUUCCAGCUAGUGCUAGACAAGGGCACCUGGGAUGCUGUUGCCAGGGGUGGUCUGCCUGGGGCUUACCAGCUGCUGUCAGAAUGCCUGAGGGUCCUAAGCCCCCAGGGGACACUGAUUCAGUUCUCAGAUGAGGACCCUGAUGUGCGGCUGCCCUGUCUGGAGCAAGGGUCCCAAGGCUGGACUGUGACUGUGCAGGAGCUAGGUCCUUUCAGGGGCAUCACCUACUUUGCUUACUUGGUUCAAGGCUCUGAUUAAAGACCUUUUAGUCCUGA